AUGACUGUUGCCCCCGGACAUUAUGCCGAUAAAGGUAACUCCGCCAAACAAUCCCAAACAAGCAAGUCGACCACACACUCAACGCUAUUCUGCAAGAGAGGGAUCAUACGGUGCGAGCAGAGGUGCUCCCGGUGUGGGGUCAGCGAUCAUAGCAAGGCGAAAUGUCCUCAGUACGAUGGUGUGAAGAUUUCUUUUCAAAUGAAGGUGAAAGCGCAACAGCUCCACAAACAACAUCAAGAGAUCCGAGGAACUUUAUUUCAAAAUCCACCACCUGAAUAUUGGCAGUACAUAAGUAGUCAAAAUCUGGUGCAAUCUUCUCCGCAACAAUCGAGUCAAUCUUCCGGAUCUCAAAUGAGGAAAGAACCCAAUACUCAAACUUACGUUCCGGAAACACAAUUGCAGGAUUGUGAAGCAGCUAUAAAUGUUGAAAUGCCAAGAAACACACGUGUUGCUGCUGAGGGCCGGAAAAAACGUCCACAAUGGACAAAGGAAGAGGACGUGCUAUUGGCAAAAGCUUAUGUGACAAUAAGUGACGACCCUAUUACCGGUAAUGAUCAGAAGGCCGAAGCGUUUUGGGUACGUGUUACAAAAUAUUAUAAUGAAAAUACACCUUCUGAUUAUAUUUCUAGAGAUUUGAAUAUGAUAAGAUCUCACUGGCAUAAUACAAUUCAAAAAAAGGUGUAUCGGUUCAAUGAGUGCUAUAACAGUAUUUACGGUGUGUAUCGAAGUGGUUGUAGUGAUGAGGAUAUAUUAAGUCGGGCUUACGAAAAAUAUCGUAGUGAGAAUAAUGGUGUAGCCUUCAAUCUUGAGCAUGUGUGGAGAAUCGUAAAAGAUCGUCCUAUGUUCACUCCACAAUCUUCUAAUGAUAUUUUUGUUGAGAGAAAAAAAACGAGAAUUGAUGAGUCUGGUGCCAGCAACACUUCAUCAAAAGGGGAUGCGAGCAUUGAUCUAGAUGAACUUCAUGAAGUGGCUCGCCCAAUCGGACAGAAGGCAGCCAAACGAAAGGCCAAGGGCAAAGGAAAAUCCAACCUUGAUGAGAUGACUGCAGAAUAUAACAACAUGGUUAAGCACCUUGCUGAGUUAACAAGCUUGAAAAAGACUGAAGUUGAAGUUAAAAAAGCAACACUUGAGGAAAAGAAGCAGAGAAAUCUCAAAGGAAGGGAGCUUCCUUACAACUUCUUGGUCAAAGAAAGGAAACUUCCUCGUAAGUUCCUAGUCAAAGGAAGAGAGCUUCCUCGUAAGUUCCUGGUCAAAUGA